AAUUCAUUCCAGUCCAGUACUUCAAUUAGUGCCACACGAUGAAUAAUUCGAUAAUCUUUGCAGUAGUUCUUUUGACGAGUUCGGUUUACGCCGAUCAAUCUGCUGUCGAACUUUUCCAGGAUGUUUAUCGGGCAUGUCUUCAACAAUUCAGUAUUGCUUGUGUAAAACCAAGAACACUGAAAUGGAUAAAUGCAGUUGCUGAAAAGAAUUCUAUCAGAAUUACUGAAGAUUUAGUUUUAGUCAAAAAAUAUAGUCCUGAAGUCCAGGAGAAUAGAAACUUACAGAAAGACAUUCUGGAAAAGUUCGAAGAUUUUUUGCAGUCUCAUGAUAUUGUAGUCAGUGCCCCAGCUUUACUUCAACCUGACGGUCCUUUGGGAAAAUAUGUACCAAGAACCUUCCAACCGACUGAUAUAACUGUACCCUUGGCGACCACAGGUCGAUCUUCAAAACUGGUCAAAAAAGUUAUUUUCCCGUUCCUUUUGGGUCUUAAAUUCAAGACUGCUGUUUUGGUACCUCUUGCCUUAGCUCUGAUAGCAUUGAAAACUUGGAAGGCUCUAACUCUAGCGCUACUGUCACUGGUUCUUACUGGAGCUAUCGCUAUGUUUUCGAAAUUCAUUGGACCAAAGGUACCGACUUACGAAGUAAUACAUUACCCACAUCAUCCCGUGCAUGUAGAUUAUGAUCACAUCGAUGUAGUACCUGCACCUGCAGUAUCAUAUGGUCAUCCUGUAUAUGCUGCUAGAGCUUUUGAUGAACAACAGUUGGCCUACACUCCGCAAUCGAACUAAAACCGUGAAUGCU